CGAAAACCGUCUGGGUCGUGAGUAACUCAGCCCUGAAAGUUCCGAAACAGUCCUAAAUGCGCACAGUCGGGAGGGAGAGCCAUGAAGACACCAAAAACACCCGAUAAAUUAAGCUCCUCGCAUUUCUCCAAGUUUUUACCGGAGUAUGUCGAGUAUGCAGAGCGCAUACGUAAAACACUCUAUUAUGGGAAGCUGCCAAGCACAGAUCGACCAUCAUUGCCAUUCACCAGCAUAUCGGUGGAAAAAUUCAGCGAGCUGUGCCGCCAAGAUGGAUUGGAAAAACUAGACCUUCGUUAUGCCUCUUCUGUCUGCUAUGACGCCUGCAUUACACCUUGUUCCCUCAUUUUGGCACUGGUUUACCUGGAACGUUUACGAUGCAACAAUCCUGAAUAUCUGGCCACAGCCUCUCCUUCACAGAUAUUCUUGGUGGCAGUGAUGGUGGCAAGCAAGUACCUGUAUGACGAUGGCGAGGAAGAUGAAGUAUUCAAUGAUGAAUGGGCUACGUCUGCUGCUCUGCCUUUGUCAGACCUCAACAAAGCUGAGAGGGAAUUCCUUGUUGCCAUAGAUUGGAAUCUUUUUGUUGAUGCUGAUGCAUUUCUGAAAGCUUUUGAGCAAGUGGAAGGAGAGGUUGCAUGGCGUGAAGGAGAGAGACGUGGUUACUUCACUUACACAGACCUUUUGUCACUUGGACAGACACUGCCUGGAUCAUGUACUGCUGUUUUGAACUUGAUGAGCCAUGUAUUUGCUGUUUGUAUGGUUGGAUACACUGCUGCAAUUCUAAGUGCUGUUGCGGGUACUCUGCUAGCGCAGGAGUGCAGUCAGCAGAUCAGCACAGCCUUACACCAGUGGACCUCUGAUUUGGUUACAACCAGCGAGACCAGUUCUGCUUGUCCAAACACAACAGAUUUACUUGCGGACCAGGAAUCACUGACACAAUCAGUAAACAUGCUUCCAGGGGAGAUAGAAGACACAGAAGAAGUUGUCAAUGGAAAAGUUAACCUCACUGGCUUGCCGUCCCAUGCCCUUACAACUCUAACUACCUCCAUCCUGCUGGCUAUAUCCUCACCUGGAAGAACACGCCAACAGCACCAUCAACAGUACCUGACAAAACCAGAUGACUGCCAUGGGUUUGACUUGUCCAAAGGGGAAGCCAUUUGGAAGAAACAAAAGAGGAAAACCUUUGACACAUUUGAUGAGCUCGAUGAUUUAGAGUUUGACCCAGCCGACUUACGCUUAACCUUCACCACAGGAUCAUACUGGCCCCCAUCAAGUGUCAGUAAGAGACUCGCUCAUGACAAUGUCAUCUUGUCCCGACUGCCGAACUUGGACCUCAACUCAGAUGCAGGAAGCCAUGACCAGAAGAGUGAUGGGAUUUAUUCCAGCCUUUGGACUUACCCCAAGCCAUCAUACCAGGCCUUGCCAAUCUACAACACCAUUAGCAACUUCUCAGGCAUAGGAGCUCCAAAUCUACAUGGAUCUGUCAGGACUGAUGGCAGGGCAGGAGGCUGGAUAGAGUGGCUCUCAUGGGUGUGCCAAGCAAUGCAGGAGGUGAUAGUAGACCUGGUGCCAGAGACCCAAGAGACAGCCUUGCUUCCUCCGCCCAUGCUUAGCAGGGUUGCAGUAGCCUUCUCGUAAAGGCUGGAACGUGUGCCUUAUUUCAGUAUGACCUGAUUUCAUUAUUCAGGAUCCUUUUUGAUAAAAGGAUUUUUAGAAUCUUUUUGAUAUCAAGCUUCCAUUGUAUUAAGUGCAUACAUUUUUUAUAAUCAAAGUUUGUGUAAAACACACAGGAGGUAUUGAUACUGAGGUAAUCUUGUAUUUUGACAUAGUCAGGGAUGUGAUAUUUUAUUUGAAUACUACAGGCAAACUUUUGCACUGCUAACCACAAAAAGAAAAUAUCUGGAACAAAAAAAAAAUAAUGAAUAUAUCUCAGUUGUUCAAAGUAACUAAGCAACUGAACAUUAUUAUUAUCAAAUUAAAUUAUUUUGUGUAGUGACUUGGCUAGAAGCUCCAGGCAAUGUAAAGAUCAUAAGGUUUUGUGUUCUGUACCUUUUGUCUGAUUGUAUCUAUAUGGUGUUUAACAUCCAAUGACCAGUUUUAGUUCUUGUUUAGUUAUUCAGCUAAUGAUUUCCUUCUCAUGCAACUUCAGCUUUCCCAGGGAUACUGAAGACUAUUAACGUUGAUUUACACUUACUUUAGCAAAGCUACAACAGGAUGCUGCUACAGUACAAUAUCAUUUAAGGGAGAGAGUAAUGAAGCACAUUUUGCUCAACCAAAAAAAAAAAAAUUCUAUUCUUUUGCUCUUAUCUCUCCACUUCUACCCUUUACUCCUUACCUCUAAUCCUAUCUCCAUUUGAUUCUCCCACAUUGUCCUUCACAUCCUUAAUGUACAAAAAAAGUCCUGUAUUGUAUUGUUUAACCUUAAAGUUGCAAGCAAUUUUAACUGAUUUAUCUCCACCCAGAUGUACUAGUAUUCGAUCAAAGAACCGGUAAUAAGUGAAUGAUACACAGUUGACUGAUGCCAUUUUAAUUUAGAUGUGUCUUUUGUUAGGGGAUCUUAUGCAUAUCAAAAAUGUAAAACAUUGGGUAUACGUUAACUUAAGUCAGUUUUUUUUAUUUUUAAAUGAGCCGAGAAAACAAAAGUUACUGAAUAGCAUUAUUCAGAUUUCAUAACCAGUUGAAGCCAACUUUCCUUUGUGUGUGUUUGUACUUGUGUAUUAUUUUUAUUGCUCUUGGCUCAGAGUCUGUGUACAUUUACCGUUACUGUAUGGAUUAUGGUGGAUCAUGAUGUAAUAAUAUUGCAAUCAUGAAGUUAUAGAUCUAAACUAAUAAAGGACAUGGAUAUCA